AUGGCGGGAAUGGUUCUCACAUUUGUCGACGCGGCUAUCCAGAUUGGCACACUCAUAGCUGGUAUUUUCGCUGACAAUGAGGCUGAGAAAGACUUUCGGAAUCAAUGGACCCCAGAAGCGGCUGCUCAGCUAUCUACUGACAAUCCGGGCAAGAACAUCAUGGUGGUUUACACAGAGCACGACGCCAGUGGUUUGGUUGGGGUGGAAAAGAAAGCGGUCGAGUGCGAUACCCCGGGAGGAGCCAAAUUGGCCUAUGUUGUAUACAUAUUUGAUGAGGGAAAAUUCGUCCUCAAGGGAGACGGUGGAUUUCUGAACUGGUGUAUGGUGGGGACAUUCGACAAACAGGACAAAACCGUCACUUUCAGCAAGACUCCUCAGGCCAUCCAGAUGGAGGCGGACAAGAAGAAAGCCGAGGAAGAUGCAGUAGCGGCUAAGAAGGCAGAAGAAGAUACAGCAGCUAAGAAGGUCGAGGAAGAUGCAGCAGCUGCUAAGAAAGCUGAAGACGAUGCAGCUGCCUCCAAGAAGGCAGAAGAAGAUGCAGCCGCCGCUAAAAAGGCAGAGGAAGCUGCAGCAGCAGCUCAAUGGCCGGAAGACCACUCUAUGCCGGUCGGAACUCCUAGAGUUGGAAUACCAUCAAUGCAACAAUCUCCAGGAUAUCCUUCGAGGACGCCAUCAACUGUGCCCAGGUGGCAGGAAGGACCCGCAACAGACGAGCAAGGAUUUGAAGCCCCACAACCUGAUACCUACGCUGAAUGGGAUGAGCCAUACUACGGAGAGGAUAAUUUAUCUUACCAGGACGGAGAGAACGAUGGUUAUUACGGGGAAGAGAAUGACCCUUAUACUGGCGAGGAAAAUGAUCAUUAUAAUGGAGAGGGAAAUGAUCACUAUAACAACGAGGAAAAUGACCCUUACCACGGAGAGGAAGACGAUACUUUUGACGGACAGGGAAAUGGUCCCGUUCAUGCGGGGGAGGAUGAUACCUUUAAUGAUGCGGAGGCAAAUUAUCAAGCAUCAGGCUGGGAAGACCAAGACCAAGACUACCUACAUGAUGCCGACGGUACCAUCUCAUCUGAACAGGGGGAAAUGAAUCCAUAUGGACAAGAGGCUAUGGGCCAAGGGCCCGGAUAUGCCCCACGGCAAGAAGCGUAUGCCUACGCCUAUUGA